AAUGAGAAGGUCCCUGUUUAAGGCAGACGAGUUAUUUGUAUUUGUGCUUAGGUUUUGUUUGGUUGGGGUUUUUUUAUUGCAUUUUCUCCCUCGCGUUGCGGGCGGUGCCGAAUGUGCGGCGGUGAAGCGGCAGGGCGGUAAACAGCCAGCCGCCCCGGCCGCGGGCUGGCCCGGGAGGCGUCAUGGCGGCGGGGGGCCUGGCGGGGCUGCUGCCCGCCCAGACCCAGCUGGAGUACGCCCUGCUGGACGCCGACACAGCCCAGGAGAAGGAGAACCUGGUCUACCAGUACCUGAAGAAGAUGGACAGCCGGGAGCGGGACCUAGCGGUGCCCGAGCUCGGCGGAGAUCUACAGUGGUUAAACACUGAAGGUCCUAUUUCUCUUCACAAAGACCUUUGUGGAAAAGUUGUGGUGUUGGAUUUCUUUACUUACUGCUGCAUCAAUUGCUUGCACCUGCUGCCUGAUCUCCACGCAUUAGAGCACCAGUACUCUGAUAAAGAUGGUCUUAUUAUUGUUGGUGUCCACUCAGCAAAAUUCCCCAAUGAAAAAGUUCUGGAUAACAUUAAAAGUGCCGUUUUGAGGUAUAAUAUUGUCCACCCUGUAGUAAAUGAUGCAGAUGCAACACUGUGGCAUGAACUAGAAGUGUCCUGCUGGCCAACUCUGGUCAUUCUCGGGCCUCGUGGAAAUAUGCUGUUUUCCCUUGUUGGAGAGGGACACAGAGAGAAGUUGUUUUUAUUUACUUCUAUGACGCUGAAAUUCUACAAGGAGAGGGGACAAAUCAAAGAUAACAGCAUUGGAAUAAAGCUAUACAGAGAUUCCCUCCCACCUUCUCCUCUGCUGUUUCCUGGCAAAGUGACCGUAGAUAAUUCAGGAGAAAGGCUUGUAAUAGCAGACACUGGACAUCAUAGAAUUUUGGUUACUCAAAGAAAUGGACAAAUUCUACACACUAUUGGAGGUCCAAACAGUGGAAGGAGAGAUGGAAGGUUUUCAGAGGCAGCUUUCAACUCACCACAAGGGAUUGCUAUAAAAAAUAAUGUUAUUUAUGUAGCUGAUACAGAAAAUCACCUAAUUAGAAAGAUUGACCUGGAAUUAGAGGUGGUGACCACGGUUGCAGGCAUUGGGAUACAAGGUGUUGAUAAGGAAGGUGGAGCAAAAGCAGAAGAACAGCCUAUCAGCUCUCCGUGGGAUGUGGUCUUUGGAAAUUCAAAGUGUUUUGUAGUACCACUGCAUUCCAGAGGAAGCACUUUUUCUUUUUCAAUUAUCCAUGGUGAUUCUUCCCUAACUCUACAAAAAGUUUCAGGGACCCAGGAAGAUGACGUUUUAUGGAUAGCAAUGGCAGGCAUUCAUCAGGUAUGGGCACUGAUGUUGGAAGGUGGAAAACUACCGAAGGGAAGUGAUUUAAAGAAAGGAGUCUGCCUUCGAUUUGCUGGGAGUGGAAAUGAAGAGAACAGAAACAAUGCGUACCCACAUAAGGCAGGCUUUGCACAGCCUUCGGGGCUCUGUCUGGCUUCUGAGGAACCAUGGAACUGCCUUUUUGUAGCGGAUAGUGAGAGCAGCACUGUGCGAACCAUCUCUCUGAAAGACGGAGCGGUGAAGCACCUUGUAGGAGGAGAGAGAGAUCCUUUGAAUUUGUUUGCCUUUGGUGAUGUGGAUGGAGCAGGCAUAAAUGCAAAGCUGCAGCAUCCCUUAGGAGUAACAUGGGACAAGAAAAGAAAACUGCUCUAUGUGGCAGAUUCCUAUAAUCAUAAGAUAAAGGUUGUAGAUCCCAAGAUGAAGAACUGUGCUACCCUGGCAGGCACAGGAGAGGCAAGCAACAUUAUUGGUUCGAGCUUUACACAGUCAACUUUUAAUGAACCAGGAGGUUUGUGUGUUGAAGAAAGUGGCGGCUUGAUGUAUGUUGCAGACACGAAUAAUCAUCAGAUCAAAGUGUUGGAUUUGGAAACGAAAAUUCUUUCCAUGCUGCCUAUCCUGCAUCCAGAAGCAUGCGAUGUUCCAGACAACCUGCCUGUGCAAAAGGAUAAAAUAACAAACCUUCCAAAACUGCCUAAAUCUGCACCAAAUGUUCAACUUCCUUCACUAACUGUAGCUCCUGGCCAGACAAUUCAGUUUUUAUUAAAGUUGACUCUUCCUCCAGAUUCAAAACUGAAUGAAGAAGCACCCAAUUCCUGGUUUAUCACAGCGGAAGAUAAUACCUGGUUGCUUCAAGGACAGUGUCUGUCUGGAGAAAUAAGGGAUGUUUCCUGUCAAACUAUCAUUCCCUUUCAGUUACCCAGGAGCUGUCAGUCAGCUGAAGCUAUCCUGGCUAUCAAAGCAUGCCUCUACUAUUGCAGCAAAGGUGGCAGUGCCUGUAUGAUGAAAGGAAUCUCAUUCAGUCAGCCUUUAUGGAUAGGUGGUACAAACCAAGGCAGCCUGACUCAGAUUGAACUGAUACACACAUUUUUAACCAACUAAUCCAAAGCCAGCUAAUUUCAUACUUUUGUUUUACUGUCCACCAUUUCUGUAGGAGAAAAUACGAUAGAUAACUUUUUUUCUGUUUUUCAUUUUCCUGGAGCUUAUGACAAAGCUAAGAAGUAAUAUGAUUGGUAAAAUGCAGUAAAGUUCCCUACAGCUUAACAUGAAAAUUUAUCAUCGCAACCUCAUUUCUUUUCAUUACAGUAGCAGCAAUGAUAUUAUAACACUCUAGAUUCUGUUGCCAAUCGUGAAUAUAUUGGAUGUAUGCCAUUCUAAGCAAUGAGCAACAAUUUUUAGAGUCCUUUUAAAAGAGUUGAUGUUAUUUUGUGAUGUUACUGUAAGUUCUUUGCACAGUACACACUGUUAGAAUAGCUAGAUAUUUUGGACUUACAGAUUCCUUUUGUGCCCUUAUUAAAUUUUAAUAGAAUGUCAAAACGAAUCAUUUCUUUCUCCAGGCUGUAAAAGAAGUGUCUUGCUUAUUUUUCUGUAAUGGCAUUUAUGCCACAUGUAUUUUGAAAAUACAUCUUAAACUAGGUGCAGCUCUAAUUUUAUGCAGACUGAGUGUUUUGCUUAACUAGAUGUGAUGGCCUUAUUUGAAGAGCAUAGUUUAUGAAAAAAUUUCUGUGAAAGUGUUCAGGUUCCUACAGAAGAAUUUCAUGCUGAUUUCUAACAAGACUGUGCCUCUCUAAUAUGUGUGUGUGUGUAUACAUAUAUAUAUAUAUAUAUAUAUAAAAAAAAAAAGAACCACAAAAUCAUGCUGGAGUUUUUCUGGUACAUACCAAUUUACAUUUUAUAGUUAGUGGUAGAUAAUGGUUGAAUAUCCAAACUGCAAAAAUUAAAUGUCAACCAGUUCAAGCAGGCUGAAUCACUUUCCUGCUUUUAUGAUUUCUUUGUGAAGACUUGUCUGAAGACUUCUGUCUUGCAAAUACAUAGUAUUAACAAGAAUAUUAUACUCCUGAAGUCUGAUUCAGAGUCUUUUGAAGUCACUGUUAGUCCCCUGAUUUGUAAUAGUGGCCACUGAACCAGAACUGUCUAUUUAAUAAUAGAUUAUUUGCAUUCAUGUUUAGAGAUUCUGAGUUUUUGCUAGAAAACUGAUAACUUAUUCUUUGAGUAAAGUGCUUUAAAACUGUAUUACAAAACUCCGUCUUUGGUGGUUAAGUGUUUUGCAAGUAAAAUUCCUUCAGUUUGCCAUAAGUAGCAAGAACCAUGGGAAGAGUUUCCACAGGGCUUAAGUGGUAAUUGGGUUAGACUCUCUGCUCUGGUCGUGAGGAUCAGUUCUGAAAAGAUGAUUUUGUUUUAAGUUUGAAGAUAUUGUUUUCACAUAUAUUAUAAGUACAGUAGUGGAAGAAUUUUUAUAUAUAGGCUUUUUAAAAACAAUCACCAUUGUUCCUCACACCUGUCAGUAAAUCCUCAGUAUGAUUGUUAUUGCUCUUUCUUAUUUAAAGGCUGACAGAAAUGUUGGUCAUGAACCUGAGAGGCUUUUGUUUUAAGGGAACCAUAUGGACUGGUGUGGUUUUUCCUUCCAUUGAAAUGCCAGUCUGUCUCUGAGUUUUCUCUGUAGUACCAGAAAUGGUUGUUAUCUCACCUGUCAGCAAGGCAAGGGCUGAGCUAUUAUUUCUCUUGCAUUUGUUUUUUAAGCAACUUUUCUAACUCAAUGUUUCAGCUCGUUUGGUAACCCUCUCAAUUCUCACAUUCUAUUUUUAAGAAGGAAAAAGCUUUGCUUUUGUUCGCAGAUUUCAAAUGCUAUUGGAAGGAUGAAAGUAAACUAACUGGUUGGGGCAUUUACAAUUUUUUACUCUUUAGUACAAUUCACUUUUUCAGAUGUGUUUGUUUGUUUGUUUAACUUUGGGUAGUAGCCAGGAAACCUUAGAUCAGCUUCUAGACAGCCCACAGAUUUUCCCUUGCUUACUAAAAAAAACAAGUAUUAUUUUCAGAAGUUCAAAAUACCAAACCAAACUGUUACAGUUACCUUGAACAUAUAAUUCAGCAGAUGGAUUUUUUUCUCUCAUUUUCAACUAGAAUGACAUUCUGUUUGUCUCAGUUGGAUGAGACCAUCAAAUUCCGCGUGUAUUCAGCGGAAAAAAAGUGAACAGAUCUGUUUUCUUAUUGACGCUUUUUAUUUAAUGUAUUGCUGUAGGGAAAAGACUGUGUAUUCUUGACUUUAUUUAACUAUAGUGUGUAAUGUUUAAAUACAGUAUUGUAGAUACGUUUUCUAAAUCUACAUACAAAAAUGUGUGUUUAAGUGUCAUCCUUUUUGUUUUCAAGUUUCAACUUCUAGUUACUAUACUUAGACACACUCAGAACCACUCUCAGCUUAUUGGGAAAGGGUGAUAGUAGCUUGUAGGAAAACUGCUGUAUAAGCAUCAAACAAGUCCAGGAUCAAACUGUAAAGGACCUUUAAAUAUAUCAUUGUAGCCAAAUUUUAAAUAAUUGUAUUUUAAGGAAAAACACAGUUUCAGCUUUACUAGUGGAGAGCAGGAAUGGAUCUGUUUGAGCCAGUUUUUUCUUCAUUUUUUAAGUCCCUAUUCAGAUGACUGAAUCUUAUAUAAACUAGGGGAGUGGAAGGUGGUAUACUAUAUCUAUGCUACUAUUGCUCUUUCUACAAAGUUUCAGGGCAUUCCUUGCUGAUGCACUGUGAUGGCUUUAUGCUAAAGGAGAGGCAGAAGUUGUGAUGCUAUCUCAAAAUGACACACAAUCCAUUAUCUACAAAAAAAAGCUAUACAUCCCAAAACGUUUUCCCCUUGCAUCCAGUAAGUCCUAAACCCUUUCAGGCAAUAACCCCUUUAGCUUUUGCAAGGGAGAGCUCCUUUUCCUGAUAUCAUCGCACAGGGAUACUGCUCUAAUCGUUCUCCUUCAUCAUCUUAGGAGCAGCUGAUUCCCAGUAUGCUCCAGUUCUCGCUGACAAGUAUACUGGAGUUCUGCUGUUUGGUCAGUCUAUGUAUUCACUGCAAUUGGCUUUUAAUCAUCAAGCUAACGCUAUGUUUCGUUUGUCCAAGGAAUAGCAUACACAUUCCCAGAGUCACUCCUUCUGUUUUAGUUGUGGUGUACAGACAUUUGAAUGUUCUAUAAUUAGAAAAAUAUUUUUUUUAAAGCUUAUGGUGUUUAGGGAUACUAUUUCCAUUGCUUCCUCCAGGGUUUACAAGAUACUUUUACAGUAAAGCAACAAGUGCCAUAAAUGUAACCAGACAGGCAAACAGAAUAGCAUGUACAAGCUACAGAAAUUUAUUUCAGCUAAGUACCAGAAAGCAUCUUCAAACUAUGAGUCAGAAAAAACAGAAAAUGUUACUACUCAAUCUAAAUUUUGAUAAAUCAGAUAUAUUGAUGACUGCUAUCUCUUUGUAUGGUAAUUUAGUUUAUUAGUGUUUCCUGAUAUAAAAAUUCUAAGCAGGUUGGUAUGGCUCAGCACUCCCAGAUUUGGAUCUUACAGUAGAAGUAUGUACUUCAAGACUUUUUAAGAACAUGUCUUUCUACUGACUUUAAUAGGUUUUGCAUCAAGUUUUUUAUUAAUAAAGUGAUAAAUUACUAUAGCAAAUCUCUAAAGAAUAUUGCUUAUGGUUGUAUUGUCUAAUGGAAACAAGUUCAGUGGCAUUUGCAGGUUUUAGUUGUAGUGUUUGCUUUUCUGGAACAGCUUUUGGUUUUGAAUGGAUAUCUUAGUAGUUCCUUUAGAUGUUUUUAGAAAUUUUAUUUAAUUACAGUAUCAUAUUCUUCAUUAGACUAGGAAAAAGAUAAUGUGAUUUUGAAGAAGGAGCAUACUCUGUUUUAAUAGCUUCUCCAUGUUGUUUUAAUUCAGUAGUGUCUUUCUGUAGUUUAUUCCUUCUGUUGAAGGAAGGGUAGGGAUGCUCACUGUGUAAACCUAUUGAUGGGCAUAUACUUUAUGCAUACAUUUUUAGUUGAUUCCCUUUUGUGUUAGUUUCUUGCAUGUCAUUUUGAGCUUUUCUACUGGAUGCAAUUCUUCAUAGUUUUGCCUUUCAUGUCUUCCACGUGUAGAGCAUUAUGUUUGAAUAAUGCUGUUGUAAUGUGAUACAAACCAAGUACGGACCAGAUGAGUAACACAUGAGAAAGUAGUUUUGUAGUGUCAUGUAAAUGCCUUAUCUGCUUAACCUGAGAAAAGGUGCAUAUGGCUUCCAUUACAUUGUAUAUAUUCUUAAUGCACUUUUUUAUUCCAGUGGGCAAAUCUUGUAGAUCAAAUCAUGAGUAAAACUAUUUUUCAUGAGAAUGUCAAGAAAAACAUUCCUUACAUCUUGCUUAGAGGAGGGGGAUGAUCAGAAUGAAGUGACUUUCCUUCUCGUGCAGGGGCAUGUCCUUCUGUUCCUUUAAUUAUUAUUUAUUUUAGCAAAGAGAGUUGUAUUAUUGACCACAAAUUCUUUUGAAUUUUUGAGUCCUAACAAGGUUUUCUACAUACAUGGAAGCUUUAAAUGUCUGACUUUGUAGAGUUGUGAGUGACAUAUCUAGUUUAAAAUGGCAUAUAGUUUAGCAACCGAUAGCAGAGAUGUAUGUACAUUCUUAAGAUGUGCAGGUUUUUUAAUUCACUGUUAUUCAUGAAGACUUACCUCAAAGACACCUUGCAGCUAAACUCCCACAGAAGUGUGUUCAUCAAGUUUGUAAUGCAACUCAAAAGUAAGUUUUCUUCCUUGCAUAAAGUGCAAGAGAUUGUUCUGUAUACGUUGUGUCUUCCAGGCUGCAGCUGCGCUACCUGAGAAUUUACCAUGCCCAGCAACUUAUGAGCCAUUCCCCCAGUAACUCUCUACUCAAAUUUGCCAGCUCAGUUGCUCAUGUAAUCACUUAAAAAUUACCAAUUUGUUAGCAAAGAUUUAGUAUUUAGAAUUAUUCAUUAAAAUGUUCCUUGAAAUUGGUUUAUCAGGGAUUAGAGGAGCUUUUCUGUUCCAAGCAGACAAAGUAUAAGAAUGAUGUGACAGUUGUUGAAAAUGUGAGACCUGGUUAUUUUUUUAAUUAAAUGACCACAUCUGUCUUUGUAUUCUACAACAGAUCAUGAAUUUAGAAAUGGUAUUUUUAACCAAAUUGAUUACUGUCUUCCAUCAGAAGCAGGUGUUCUAUAUUUUAUAGGUUUUGUACUAUCAUUUGUAAAAUCAGUGCUCUCAUUAAGGAUUAGGAUUCAUUGCUGUUCAGGAUUCAGUGCACCUAUGAUUGAGUUUCUGAGUUUAUCUUAGUUUCUUUGUCACAAUAUUAUGGAGGAUUUCAGUUAGCUUUUUUUGGUCUGUUUUUUCUUCCUGUAGUUUCCCAAAGAAUGAAAUGCAGCCAGUAUCUUGUUACCAUGGAGGUAUCCAAGUAGGAUAAUUCCCUCUACCAGCUCCUUGCCCCUCCCCUGUCUUAGGGAUGGGGAUGAAAACAGCAAGUGCAACAGGGCUGUCCCGUAUGAAGAUAACGUUACCUGGCAGCUCGCUCCGAAAGGAUGCAGAUGAGGUGAGGGUUUCAGGAUGAGGUACACCGUGUGUUCACACUGAUUCUCAAAUGGAUGAUUCUCAAAAUGGAUAGACCCUGGUGCAUACUGGCUUCCUGGAGUUACCUGCUGCCUAGGUCUACUUCUAUUUAUGGCCUCUAAAAUCUUGCUCUAUAAAGAAGGCAAGAAUUUUGCCCUUAUUCCUGCAAAAAUCUUUAAUCAAUUGAUUCAUUAGUACUCUCAAGAUAACCUGGUAAUAAUUACUGGAUUCUAGGACCUAUCUGGACCCUCCCCCGUGAUCCUAGGUAGCAUUAGAAUAAAAUGAUGUCCUCAGGUCAGCUUCGUCAAGCUUUACACUGAUGCAGCUACUGUCAAAAUUUUUACUUUUACCUCUGGCCCUGUCCGGUGAGGUCCUGACCUUGUUUCUCAAUCUCCCAGAGCAUCCCAUCAAACUUCAGUAGCCUGUGCAGGGAUUUUGAUGGCUCCUGGUUUCAGGAAACUUUGACAGUAUAGAUAAAUACUUUAGCUAUUAUGUAAUUUGCUGCCUUGUUGCACAUUGUGCUUAAUUAUUAUCAGUGUAAUACAUUUUUAUUGCAGCUGAAAAGCUAGAAAUCUUGGUUAUAAGUUGAGAACUGUUUGCAUAGCUGUAAGUACUUAUUGCUUAGUGUAUCUCUUCGUUGGUCUGUUGCUUUCAAACAUACCAGGGAACUUUUUGUCCAAUUGCAGGCCCUACGGCUAAGCAAAAGAAUUGCAAGUAUUUUUCAAGUCUUGCCUAGUUCCUUUGAAACAUUAACAAUUUUGAGCUAAAGAAAUGUCAUUUGUAAAACUUUGUUCAUAAAUCUACCUUAAUUUAAUGGUCUGUACUCAACACGCCUCAGAAAAGCACUGUAUUAUUUUCCCUUUUGACUAAGUAUUAAACUCCACUUUUAAAAUCAUCUGGCCAUUGUCAGACUUCACAGAAAACAAGACAAUGAUUCCCAAUUUGAUUCUACAGUCAUGUUUUUAAAGAAUAAGAGCUUGUUUUUCAAGCUUCUGAUUAAAUUGAAAUACCUGAUUUUGAACCAUACAUUCAAGGAAACUGUUCUGAGGGCUGCCUAUAUCAGAUAACUGGCUUCUAGAUUUGAAAAAUUUGGAAUUGAUAGUUAAGUGGAGGAACAGAAUUGCUGAAUGUUUUAUGUUUUGAUUAUUUAACUUCAAAACUAUCCAAUUUCAAUUUUAAAGGAGAAGUUGUGCAGUUAAAACUUUCACUUCUGUAAAUCAUUACUAUUAAUGUACCAUUAAUCAUAUAUCAUUAAAACCUGUAAUGGUUCUAUGUUAUUUUAUGAAUAAAUUAAUCAAGAAAAACAAGGUAGUUGUAAAACUGCAACUGGGUGAAAUCCAGGUGCUCCAAGGUUAGUGGCAAAUAUCUUUAGGGCCAGUAGUUCAGCCCAGUGCGACAGAAAUUCUGUGUUUUCUUUAUACAUCAUAAUGGCUGAAGGAAAAAAAAAAUCGGUGCCUUCCAUAACAGUACUUGAAAGUGCAUCUUUACAGAAGUGUUGGAGUAGUAAUUGAAGUAAGGUAUUUGACAGUCAUGCUUUGCAAGUUUCUGGGGUUUUUAAUUCUACUAAUUCUGAAACUGUGAAGAGUUUUCCCUCUUCAUGUUUUUGAAUUAAGUUGAAAUUAAGGUGCUUGUUGUUCAAGCUACUCUUCUUACAAAGUACUUCAAAAUUUUUUUCUCAGUCUCAUGAAUCUACUUCUGAAACUAGUAUUACCUCUUUUGCAUGCUUCAGAACAAAAUUGGCAGGGAGAUUUCAAACGGCUUGCUGAAAUCGUGGUACAAGUGAGAUGGAAGGUGACACGUUCAUUGAUCUGAAAGGUGGAGGAUGGUGCUUCUUGGUAUUUGAAGGGUAGAGGAUUGGGUUUUGUUUUAGGGUGGGUUUUUCCCCUGUUCUACAGAUCAGAAAAGGUCCUUUAAAUGGCAGAAGCUUGUGUGUAGAGGCAGCUAGGGGAAGGGUCAGGUUCUCUCGCUGUGAAACCACGUAACUCCAUUUAGGUUCUGAUGCUGGGAUGUCUAAAAAUCCCAGCACUAUAAUACUGACGAAGAAAGUCACAUUUGAGCACUUAAUAAUCAGCUUAAUAAAUUUCUCCUUAUGGUUUAAGGGGAAAGAUGGGGAUUUUUUUUUUUCCUUGGGGACUUCAUUGUUGCUUUGUGAACAUUGGAAUGUUUUUGUCUGCUCUUUGAGAUGCUAAACCUCUGUUUUUCUGUUACGUAUGAUGCAAAGCCUUUAAAAUAUCUGAACAUUUAAAAGAUGUGUUUUAUUUGUUGCUACAAAAUAUGCAAAGAAUUAAAACUGAAGGCACUUCAUCUAAGCUGAUGAAGCUUAGACUGUAAAUUCUUCACAUACAGCAUUGCCUAAUAGUGUUCUUAACAAUAUUCAUGGAUUAUGAUCCUUUUUAAAUAAAAGGUAAAUGUCCUGUAAUAUUAUGAGAACAAAUAAAUACACUGUAGAAGAAAUGUCAGCCUCGGAUACCAAUUCAACAAAUAAACAGUGAUUAAAGAAUGUACUCUUUCUCCUGUGAAACCUCUUUCUCCUUGUAAAGCUUUUCCAUGGAAAAAUAAACAUUAAAAAUUUUA